AAAUAAUUGUCAGUUUGCCGAUUGAAGUUCGAGUGUGUGGUUUAUUCUUUUCGCGCGGCUCUCGUUUUAAGAAAAAAAGAAACUAAAUCACAAUAAAUUCAAAAUACAACAAAAAAGGAACAAUGCAUAAAGCUUAAUUUCUCCGGACUUGAGAAGUUCCCUUUGAUGUGUUGAGCAAAGCAGAAUAUGAAUAAUAAAUACAAAAAAUAAAUCAGGAUAAAAUAAAUAAAAAGGAUAUUUCUAAAGAAUAAUAUUCAGUGUCGCAUUUAUGGAACAACAAAAAAUUACAAUACAAAAUAUUAAAAAAUAAAUAGAAAUAGAAAUAAAAAUAAAGAAGAAAGUGUGCUGUGAAUUUGUGAUGCUGGUGGUGUCUGUAUUCUUUAUUUUUGUUCAUGUAGUUGUUGUUGGUCUUAUUUGUCAUUGAAAUAAAAUUGAAGUGUCAAGAAAAUAAGGAAAAUCACAUCGGAAAAAAAUAAUAAAAAAAAAUAAUAGGCUAAUAAUUAUUAUUGAUCGUGAAACUAUAAGUGCUCAAAAGGAUUCUCAAUUGGAUUACUAUCUUUAGAUUGGUGUUCGAAGCGGUAAAAUUAUUUGGUGCUGUCUUGGUGUUGAAGAAGUUUUCGGGAAUGCAAGAAAAAGAUGGAUAAAUGAACAACACACUAUGAGGGGCGAAAUGCCCCAAUGUUAGUAGCAAUUAUGCUUACGAAGAAACAGCUGCUGUGUUCAACAUCAUCAACAGUUAUAACAAAGAGAAAAAGAAAAAAUAUAAAAACAAAAAUAAGAACAAUACAAAAUAGAAGCAGAAGCCAAAUGAAGAGAAUUCAAGAAGUCGAAUGCAACAUUCAAAAAAACACCAAUCUCCAAUAACAUCUGCUUCUCUAUUUAAAAACAAACAAACAAAAAUAUAAAACAUAUAUUAUACACACACUUUUACAUACUCAGCUACUAAGUGAAAUAUUUUCAUUGUCAAAGUUCAAGGAAUUUACUUCCAUUUCCAUCACAUCUCUAACCACUACCAUCAUCAUCACCAAAUCCCAUAGCAAAAUAUCUAAACAUCCAGUAUCUAAUACACGCAGACAUUUCUACUCUGUGAUCCUGAGAGCUAAGGACGAAUACGAAAAUCAAACUUCACUUCGUGACUUUACACCGCCCGACCCCUUCUGCUGUUGUAUACUGUUAAAGUAUUUAGAUCAUCAUCAUCAUCAUCCCCAUAAGUACCAUCGGCAUCGCAUAUAUAGGAUAGCAACGCUAGAACAGCACCACCGACUUUACGCUACGAUAAAAUUGCAAACGACACAUACCCGCUUCCAUACCAAAAUAAGUUCAGAGUAAAAAAGGAUAAUAAUAUCUCAUAUACGCCACUGAGAACCGAAAAAAAAAUUACGCAGGACUUAGACACAAAUCCUUCAAUUGACGUCGAUACAUGAACACAAAUUCGGUCCAAAAUAUACUCACACAUUCUCUCAUACACACACACACACAGAAACACACACAUGUGCACAUGGGAGAUGUGGAAAAUCCUCACAUUGUGUAUGCCAAAAAGGACCAAUAUGUGUACCCUAUACGAGGAACGUCAAAUAAAAUACAAUAAAAGUGCUGCAUAAGGGCCAAGACCAACACCAAAAACAAGGACCAGAAUCAGCAGCCCUACGAACACGAACUCUGGCAAGGAAAGGCAAGGCGUUCUGAGGCGAGAAAAACAGAAAUAGGAGCAGUAGCAGGAGCAGGAGCAAAAGCGGAAGCAGUGGCAGUGGAAACAUUCAAACACUGCCAUCAUUCGGUUUAUAUUUUUGUUCUCAAAAAUUUAUAUUAUUUUUGUUUUGUUUUUCGUUCGGUUUUCGUCGUACCUACAGUUUUAUUUUUUCGUCGUCGCAAAAAAAGCAAACGGAAGUUUCCACCGAAAUGAGCAUGGAGACUAAAACGCUAUUAAGGGAUGCCUUUGGUUACGUUUUCAUAGACAACGGCAGCCCCGAUUCAUAUCUCAUCUCCAACGAGGUAGAUAGCUAUUUUCUUAACAAUACAACACUACAAGAUGCCAAUAUUGGGACAUUAUUCAACGACAGCAAUAAUGGCAGCAAUUCUAAUGCCAACCUGUUCCUAUUCAAUACUAGCAUUAAUCAGAGCGGCCUUUUUGAUAACAACAAUGAGACCGAUACCACCGCCGAGGAUAUUGCCGAGCUUAUUCGAAUGGCAUUCACAUCUGUGCUGCUGGGCUUAAUGAUUCUCAUAACAAUAAUUGGCAACGUUUUUGUAAUUGCAGCUAUAAUUCUGGAGCGGAACUUGCAAAAUGUUGCUAAUUAUCUGGUAGCUUCGCUGGCCGUUGCGGAUUUAUUCGUUGCCUGUUUAGUGAUGCCAUUGGGUGCUGUUUAUGAGAUUAGUCAAGGAUGGAUACUUGGACCAGAAUUAUGUGACAUUUGGACGUCGUGUGAUGUCCUGUGUUGUACGGCUUCCAUUUUACACUUAGUAGCAAUAGCAACAGACAGAUACUGGGCGGUAACGAAUAUAGACUAUAUGCAUUCGAGAACAAGUAAACGAGUCUUCAUAAUGAUAUUUCUCGUUUGGUUUUGUUCGGUGAUUGUAUCAUUAGCGCCGCAAUUCGGUUGGAAAGAUCCUGAAUACUUACAAAGAAUUGAACAACAAAAAUGUAUGGUAUCACAGGAUGUAUCAUAUCAGGUUUUUGCGACGUGUUGCACGUUUUAUGUUCCACUCACAGUGAUAUUAGUUUUAUAUUGGAAAAUCUAUCAAACAGCGAGAAAACGGAUACAUAGGCGAAGACCAAGACCAAUAGAUGUAUCUGCUAAUAAUAAUCAGCCUGCGUUAUCACAAAAAAAGAGAAAUCGCUUAAAACUUCGGAUAGGGAAAUGCUCAGAUAAAGGAAAAUCAGCCGCCUCGUCCUUGGGCUUAGUCGAGGGUAUUUCAACAAACACAGUUAACACAGUCGAGGACACCGAAUUUAGCAGUAGUAAUAUGGACAGCAAAAGCCGCGGCUUCACAGAGGUGACUACAAAUUUUUCUAAUCACUAUGAGGCACCCACAUCAUCCACUAGUCAAAUUUCAACCGUUUCUCAUCUCGUAGCAAUAGCCAAUCAAACAGCGAACAAAACUGAACAUAAUCAAAAUUUACAACAGCAACAAAAUCAACCGCAGCAAAUGGCACAAACCCCCUCAUCAAUAUCGACAUCAACGUCAACGUCAACGUCCACGACGAUAACGACAACAGCUACUGCUGCGGUAGCGGCAACAACUGACCGAGCGACCGUAAUCCCUAGUGAUGUCCUUGAAGAGCCUCAUCACGAGCUGUCCGAGUCACACAGCCAUCCCGCCGCCAUUGCCGCACAGCCAUCACAUGCCACCACCUCAACAGCAACAACAAUCACCUCAAUAUCAGCGCUCUCGCCUCAGACUCCCAUCAACCCGACAGGGGGCACUGUUGCAGCUACCGGCCUGUCAUCCUCAUCGAAUCAGGUGACACCGGUGCCACAAAACAAGCAAUCUCAUCAAAACCUGUCAAGUAUACCAAAUCCCCAAUCGAAGGUGACCAAACGCAAGGAGACCCUCGAAGCGAAGCGCGAACGUAAGGCGGCCAAAACGUUGGCCAUUAUAACGGGUGCCUUCGUAGUAUGCUGGCUGCCGUUCUUCCUAAUGGCCCUCCUGCUGCCGCUCUGCGAGGACUGCAAUUUCAGUGAUGCUGCUGCCUCGUUCUUCCUGUGGCUUGGCUACUUUAAUUCGACCCUGAAUCCGGUUAUAUACACGAUUUUCAGUCCCGAGUUUCGGCAGGCUUUCAAGCGUAUUCUCUUCGGGGGACAUCGGCCCGUACACUAUCGCAGUGGGAAAAUAUGAACAUGGCCUAUUGCUGCGCUGCUCCUGUCGUUGGUUGUUAUAAGUGUUGUUGUUCUUUAUGAGGGAUGGCGUCGACGGUGAUUCUCAUCAAAAUUACGAUUUUUCAAUAACCUAUCUUGGGCUUCAAAAUACUUCCAAAAGACUUCAAGCCUGGGAUAAGGGCAAUACAUAUUUCAUUUUAACUUAUCAUACCAACAUAUACAUAAUUCGCAUGAUUUUUUCUAAACUUAAUAAAACAAAUAUUUUUUUAUAUUUUUGUAUUCUAUUCAAAAUAAAAAAGCAACAAAAAAAACUAUAAAUAAAUCAUCAAAAAAUGUGUAAAUCAAAUCAAUAAUUUUAAGACAAAAACAAACAAACAAAAUUUAGUUUUGUCUGUAAAUAGCGAAGAAUAAAUAAUUGUGUAUAUCUUAUAAAUAAUAUUAAAAUAAUUAUAAAUUCUGUAAAAUUGAACAUAAAAUUUUGUUUAUUUGUAAUUUUAAUUGUUAAUAUAAAUUAAUUUGUAA